AUGUAUCAGAUGCCAUACAUAUGCUUUGCAUCUGGCAAGUUUUUGCUGACCUCUUUGCAUUUACAUUUCCACCAUGACAAUUUGGUCUGUUCCCAUCUCAGCAGAAUGGCUCGUGGCAAUCGUCAAAACGACGAUGAUGAUUUCAUGGAUCCACCACAGCGUAAUCGGGCAACUGGACGGAGAAAAGAGGGUGAUGAGAAGAAGAAACAUAUUCGCAACAGAGCCUCCCAAGAACGACUGACUGCGUUGACUGACAAAUUCAGCGGCGAUCAGAAGGGGGCUGCUGCUGAGAUGGGUAUGCAGUCUAUGACGGCUGUCCGGUGCACGAACCUUGUCAACCCUGUAUGCGAUUGGCUUGGUGAGAUCUACGACCCCGCCUCUAGGGAAUUCGUGAUUCCGGGAUGCGGAAGACUACCGCUGAACGAGGAAUCCGUGUUCUGCACUUUGGGUGUGCCUCGUGGACAUAUCAAAGUCCCGUACGAGGUCAGCAAUGAGAUCGAGGAAGCGCUGUUCCCCCGUUUGUUUCCUGGGUUGGAAUCCAUGCCGAACAUGUCUACAGUGGCAGAUUCGCUGGAGGCCAUGACGACGCAUGGAGAUGUUUUCAAGAUGAAGCUACUCAUGUACCUCAUCUCAGCCGUUUUCGCGUCGACCACUUCUCUUCGCCCAAGCAACAAAUGCUUCCCCAUCCUGGCGAAACUGAAAGAUGUGAAGAACAUGAAUUGGUGUAAGUUCAUUGCCGACUUCCUGCAUGAUGCAUUCGCAAGCAAGGUGUACCAGAAGGGUUGUCGACUGCAUUUAAUGCUCAUGUACGUCGACUGCCUUGAUCUGUCCAUCGUGGAUUUCACUGGGACAGGAGGCCCGCCGCCUACGCACAAGUUUGUUGUUUCUGCAUGGACUAUCGAUGCUGUCAAGGCUGUGCUUGCUGCAGACAGGGUAACUGAUACCAAAUAUGGAAAACUACAGCUGAUGGCCAAGCAUGCUAUAGACUACAGCGUGUUUGGGGGGCCUCAAAACUUUGGGAAGUGGAUGGACGUGCACUCAGCUCCGUCUUGCCCUACCGAGGCGAGGGCACUUGUUGAGCAGCUAAUAGGGCAGUUUGCAUCUGGAAUGACCGGCUUGCUCGGGAAGUUGGUUGAGGGGUGGACGUCCCUCAGUGGCUCUGACAGCGAUGCGGUUGCGAGGCAAUUCACUUCAUUUGUCCCAGAACAUACACAACGGCCAACCGGUUGCCGUGGCUGGUAUGACUACAACAGUUCCCAGGAGCCUGCUGACACACAAGAUGAACUAGGUGGAGACGCUAGUCUCAGCAAGGAUGACGAUGAUGUUAUGGAUAAUGUGCAAGAGGACACCGAUGAUGAUGAACAUGCUGAAGUUCGCGCAGGUGGUAACAAGGGCAAGGAUGCAACAGAUGUCCCCUAA